ACACACACACAAGGCCUCGGAACCUUUUUGGGUUGUUGGUACCAGGUAAAAUGGAGAGGAGCCUGUUCACGAGUAACUUUGAGUCUGGACAUGGCAUCGCGAACCCUGUGUACAUGCCUGCACUCUCGGUACCAGCUGCAGUACCAGCCAUGUCCACAGUGAUGUACCAGAGCGUUCCUACUGCGCCCCCUGGUGGUGCGUUUGAUGUGGUGCCAGGGUAUGAGGGCACUGUGCCAGGCGGAGCCGGUGGGUUCCUGCCGCCCCCGAUGCCCUCCAUACCUACGCCGAUGCCAGAGAACGGCCCCGCCCACACCAACUGGAACAUUUUCAACAUCACACAGGAAGCAGCGACCGAGGCUUUCGCCAACUACGUCUCGGAAAACUGCUGUUACAGCAAAGCUCCGGUUCGGGAGGGAAUCAUCACCAGCAUGGAGCCCUUCAACACCUACAGGUACCGUUUGGAGACAUUCGCUGAGACCAGAUCUACAGAAUGGAGUCAUGAGCCGUUUACAGGCCAGCGCGUGGAUGUAGGUCUCCAGGUGGCACCGGGGCCGUGGGACAUCGCCACCCAAACACCGGGCUUCUUCCAGGACAACACGCAGACCAUCCGAGUGCCCUUCACCUCAUCGGUCAAGAACUGCCACGUCUGUCUGGGUGUGGGAACGUCAGCGUGCAAGGACUGUACCGCCUCCGGAACCAAAGUCUGCUACAUGUGCAGUGGCUCUGGUGCCCGAGCUGGAAACGAUCGCUGUUUGCAUUGUAACGGCUCCGGGAGAGAAAAGUGUAGGAAGUGUAACGGUAGGGGGAAUUGUGAUUGUGAGACCUGUCGUGGAAAGAAGCAGCUCCUGGUCUUCAUUUCACUCAAAGUACAGUGGAUUACUUAUAAAGAUGAUUUUGUGAAGGAGCAGUCGAGUGGUCUGCCAUCAGAGAAUCUGAACAAAGUCUCGGGGAAAGAAAUCUUCAAGGACGCCCAGUAUAUGCUUUACCCCCUGAUGAAUUUUCCGGACUCUGCAAUGAGCCAAGCGUCCGAUCGAUUAGUGCGAGAGCAUCAGUCCAAAUAUUUUCAAACCUCUCGCAUCCUGCAGCAGCGUCACAUGAUCGAGCUGAUCCCCAUCACCCGGGUCAGCUACACCUGGAAAGGGAAGGGCCACACCUACUCUGUGUACGGGAACGAGUCGAGGGUGUUCACCGACAGCUACCCCGCCCAGUGCUGCUGCUCCUGCAUGUAGAGCCUCCGGUCUCCGGGUCCGUCUGAAGACCUAUCGACCCGCCCUGCUCCCUCCUACCUUCCUGAUUCGUCCGCCGUGUUCGUAGUUUUUUUUUUGUGAGAAUUCAGUCAGAUCAUCACUCAGAAUUAAGGCGCCUCAGUGGGAGCAUUUUAAGAAAUCUAGACAUAAGAAUUUAGACACGCCCUGUUCUCAGGAGUGUAGGAUGAUGUGAAAUGCGUCCGUGUAGAGAGAGAGAGAGAUCAGUAGGUUUUCGGACAGACCCGUGAAGUGUUGAUUUGUGUUCUGUAUGGUGCCGUUAUUCCUGUUUGUCCUGUAAACGUCCACUCACGUCUGACCUCCACUGUAAUAACGAGUUUAAUUAAAAUAGUAAAAUAGGGAAACAAUACGAAAUAAGAAAAAAGAUGCUUCAAUUGCGCCCUCUUCUGGCCGGUUGAUGGCGCUGCACUGCACAAUAACUUGGGGGAUGAAGAUCGGUUUUAUCCAAAGCAACUUACAGUACUGUGACAGUGUACUGUCUAAGUAAUUGAGGGUUAAGGGCCUGGCUUAAGGGCCCAACAGUGGCAACCAGACAGUGGUGGGGUUUGAACCAGCGACCUUUUGAUUACAAGUCCAGUAUCUUAACCACUAGGCUACAACUGCCUAUUUUCAUUUUACACUUUCAGCAUUUAGCAGAUGCUUCGUAUCCAAACCGACAUACAAUUCUGACUGAAUACACUAUGAGCAAGUGAGGGUUAAGGGCCUUGCUCAGGGGCCCAACAGUGGCAACCUGGCAGUAGUGAGGCUCAAACCUGCAACCUUUUGAUUACUAGUCCACCGCUGUGAGUGCGUGACUCUCUGUGCGCGAUACGGAUCUCAUGCAGGUGAAAAGAAGUGGUCAUUACUGCACAGUUAAUCACGACCCUCGUCGGUCAGGACUGGAGGUCUGUAGCAGUAGAGCUGAAGUACGAUCUGGGAAUUGGAUAAUCAGUAACUCUAUCGUGAUGCUACCAUGGCCAUACUUCACAGCGGUGCUCUGGGAAUCGUACACGUGUCCCUUAUUUCGGCUUCUGGCUUCAUCAUUAGCGUUUACAUUUGUGAUAUUUAGCAGCUGCUUUUAUCCAAAGCGAACUACAGUCAUUAAUAAGUGUUAUGGGUCCUGCUCAGGGGACCAACGGUGGAAAUUUGGGGCACUGCGCUUCCUGUGGUGCCCUCGUCCUCGUACUCUCCGCUUGUACUUACCGUGUUUACUGUGUUUUUAUACCUAGGAACUUUAAGAAGCUUCUAUAUAGUUGCUACUACGUUUGUAAAACCACUGAUAUUAUCUUAUAAUAAAACAAUGUGCCUUUUUUAAUAUAAAUCUAUAAAAUCUAUAUAUUUUGAAUUAAUAACUGAAUACAUUUCUAUAUCCAUUUAUGUUAGUAAGUAGAAUUAUAUAUAAUAUUAGUUGUUACAUUUGUAAGAACAAACCCACAGAUUAUUGAUUAUUUGUUUCCUUUUAUGCUCAUUUUGAAUCUCAGCUUUGCUACCGGUCAGUCAGGCGUGUCUGAGGGAGGGCGGCUAUAGGGGUUCCUCAUAACUGCUGCGAUUUCGACCUCUGCUGGCUGAUCGAUGCGCCUGCACAGGGAGACGGGGGAUAAUAGAAAUCAGUGCGUGACUCUCCGUGCGCGAUACAGAUCUCCAUUUAAACCCACCUGGUGCAGGUGAAAAGAAGCGGUCAGUACUGCACACGUUGGUCAACAGUGGAGGUGAAUUGGGCGGAAUACAAAAAAAUAAAUAAAUAUGUGGACACCCCUCAUAAAUAUUGUAUAAUACAUAAAGGAGAGGCUUUGGGGAAGGCGUCUUCCUUUUUCUGUGCACAAAGACAAGUAUACACCGAUUAGGCAUAACAUUAUGACCACCCUCCUAAUAUUGUGUUGGCCCCCCUUUUGCUGCCAAAACAGCCCUGCAACUGUUCUGCACUGUGUAUUCUGACACCUUUCUAUCAGAACCAGCAUUAACUUCUUCAGCAGUAGGGGCUCGUCUGUUGGAUCGGAUCACACGUGCAUCAAUGAGCCUUGGCCGCCCAUGACCCUGUCGCCGGUUUACCACUGUUCCUUCCUUGGACCACUUUUGAUAGAUACUGACCACUGCAGACCGGGACACACCCCACAAGAGCUGCAGUUUUGGAGAUGCUCUGACCCAGUCGUCUAGCCAUCACAAUUCGGCCCUCAGAUUCUCACGCUCGCCCAUUUUUUCUGCUCCUAACAUCAACUUUGAGGAUAAAAUGUUCACUAGCUGUCUAAUAACCCCCCCCCCCCCACUAACAGGUGCCGUGAUGAAGAGAUAAUCAGUGUCAUUCACUUCACCUCUCAGUGGUCAUAAUGUUAUGCCUCAUCGGUGUAUAUAGACACGCUUUAAGCUCUGACCUCAUGAACUGGUCUGUCAGUGUGGAGCCAAGGCUUUCUUGUCCAGCGUCUAUUCCCUGACCUCACGAAUGCUCCGAAAUCCUGUGGAUAGUCGCCCCAGUAGAAUGGAGGGUGUUCAUAGUUGCAAGAAUAAGAGGAUGGAGAGGGACUGAAGAGAUGAUUGUCAGGGGUGCACAUACUUUUAGCAGUAUAAAUCUCAUGAGGACCAACACAGUGUUUGUUUUGAUUAUUUUUAUCAUCUCUGUCCUCCAGUCAUGCUGUGAGUUAUUAUUAUUAUUAUUAUUAUUAUUAUUAUUAUUAUUAUUAUCAGCACUUACUGAAACAUGUAUAAACCGUUAUGUAGUUAUAAUAAUAAUCUGAUUGUUUUAGUUUGUUAGUUUUAAGUGUAUUUAAGUCGUUUUAGCAGAUUUUUUAUACACAAUAAUAAAUAUAUUUGCAUGA